UCGGUUCUUGAUUUAAAUUUGCGAAAAUAUUAUUUGAAAAAAUAUUUAAUUCUACUUAAUUCUGUUUAUAAUAAUAAGUGCUCACAAAAUUGUUUAUAAAGAUAUAGAGCCUCCAAAAUCAAUACCAUAAACUUUUUUUGGAUAUGUUAACAGUGCCGAACCUCUUGUUGAUCUUUAGUGCUGCACAUCUGCUGAAUUCAAUAUGCGGGCAAAGUGUGGGAGAUUCUUGCACAAUAGAGUCUAUUCCUGGUAUUUGUAAAAGAUCGCCGGACUGCCAACAGCUGAGUGAGUACGUAAAACGUGGAGAUGUGCCGCCAGAAUUUUUCGGAUGCGGUGUGGCUACAAAUGAUAACUUAAUUUGCUGUCCAAACGCUCCAUUGGCGAAAAAAACUAUAUUGAAAAAACUUGAGCCUACUUUGGUCUGGACACAACCAAAGAAAACAACUACUGAACGGGCUACUGAAAAAGCUUGUCGUUUAUUAGAGGAUAAUAUAAUCGGAAAUCCAAAUAUACGCUUAUUUUCUGGUAGUGAGUCGAUUGUCGAACUUGGUGAGUUCCCUUUUAUGGUAGGAAUUGGCUAUAAAAACAGCACACCAGAUCGAACUUACGAUAUUCUCUGUGGUGGCACAUUGAUUGAUGCUAAAUUUGUGCUGACAGCCGCCCAUUGUAUUACGGGACAUGGUAAUACGCCAAUAAUAGUUAGACUGGGUGUAACCAAUAACACAGAUGUGGAACAAAUCAAAAAUGGCUUAGAAAUUCCAAUAAAAAAAAUUCAUGUACAUCCACAAUAUGAUCCUGAACUCAUAUACAAUGAUAUUGGAUUACUUGAAUUAGAGAAAAGUGCAAAGUUCUCAGUUAACAUCUAUCCUACUUGCUUAUACACCAAUAUUGAGGAUCCACCUGCAAAUUCCCAACUGUAUAUAACAGGUUGGGCAUCUACGAAAAUCUUUGAUCGUUCGGAUGUAUUACUGAAAGCUGCACAGAGAAUUGUGCCACUAAAUGUUUGUAAUAGAACAUUACUAAGAGUGGAUGCAGAAAGGAGUCUACAACAAACCCAGCUAUGUUCCGACGCUUUGAAAUCAGAAAAAAGUCCUUGUUAUGGAGAUGCAGGUGGACCUUUAAGUAUAGUAGUAGAUCCUACUUGGAGAAUAUAUCGCGUAAUAGGUGUAAUAUCAUCGGGUGUAAGCUGUGGUCUUAUACCACCAGAUAUAAAUACUCGUGUAGGCGCAUAUUUAGACUUCAUAGAGAAUAUUGUUUGGCCAAAUUUAAAAUAAAUUCAAAUUGACUUCA